AUGGCGGAUCCGCAAGCGCAGUUGAAGUACUUGCAAGAUGUGUGGGACACUUGCCAGGCGAACGACGAUCAGAAGCAUGUUUUGAUCAAGGACCUGUUUGCAUAUGUGGACGAUCUCUCGACUCGUUUGUCAGAAGCCGAGUACGAACUUCGUGAUCGAAAAGACGUGAUCAAGUUGACACGCGACCGUAUCGAAGAGUUCAAGAAGCAGAUCCAAGUUUUGGAAGCUGAGAAGUCUCGUCAUGCCUUCGCAUCCGUUUUGAUCGAUGGUGACUGUAUGCUGUUCAACGAUGAUCUUGUGAAAGCCGGGCUAGACGGUGGAAAGAGAGCAGCGAGCUUACUCAAGCAAGCUGUUGAGGAAGAACUUCGAUCAUCCUUGCCUGCGGUAGCCCACCAUAUGCAAGUGGUCAUUCGUGUUUACGCGAAUAUGAAGGGGUUGGCCAAGACGUAUAAAGACGCGGAGGUUCUCCCGCAGUUAGCGUCGUUUGACGAGUUUGUACGUGGAUUCAACAUGGGCGACCCCAUGUGUGAUUAUGUUGAUGCUGGCAACGGCAAAGAGUGCUCGGAUGAGAAGAUCAAGGCAAUGUUCCGGCACGAUCUAGCGGACAUGCACUGCCACCAAAUCUUGUUCGGCGGCUCAGCCGAUAAUGGCUAUGCCCGCUUGUUGGGCCCAUAUACCGAAGACGACGCGGUCAGGAGCCGAAUUACUCUCUUGGAAGGCCCUCCGUUCGCCCGCGAGCUAGCUGCGAUCAAGGACAGAUACCACACUGUCUCAUUCGACAAUGCGCGCAACGGUGUCUCUCCCGACUCCGCCGCGAACACCAUCGACAGACUAUGCGAUGGCCGCUGCUCAGGUUCCAACAGGGCCUUCUUCAUCUUCGUCGUCUAA